AUCCGGACUCUUGAUUAUCCGGACUAUUUACCGAGGUUCCGAUGAGUCCGGAUAAUCGAGGUUCGACUGCACUUCUUGUUUGUACUUGCUUAACUCCAAAUACCUGAGGAUUUGCGAAACCUUUUCAUGGUCUGAACAGAAACACUCUAUAGCGGAGGUAGGGCCAACCAGUCAUUCUAACAUUCCCCAAACAAUAUCUCUCAGCAAAUUUAUAGUCAUCGAUAUAAAACCUCUUUGUCCAUUAUUUUAACAGAACCACGUCAGAAAGCUUUUUCUCAUAACCGAAAGCUUUAUCAUCAGCGCUUUAAGCUCAACCUCAGCCAUGCUGUCUUCCGAAAACCAAAAUUUCUAACAGAACCUUUACGUGACCUAAUAUGUGUCACACGAGUGAUACCAAUAAAUAGUAUCAGCUUAAUUCUCGGAAAAUCAUGAUGAAACAGCUAUACGUGACGACAGAUAGGUCAGCAGAGUACUUGCAUUUUAUACCUUGAAUAUUUUCUGAUAUCUUGUCCACAUAAAAGUCCUAUUCUCUCUCUGAGGUGACGUUGAAAAUCAAUCAAGAUAAGAUGACUCCACCCAUCUUGAUAUCUGCACCAGUGGUAGUACACGUUAUCAUUUCUUUUAUGUCGAAAGGAUGUUUCUGUUAUGUUUGGGAUGCGUUGCCAGAUAAUUGUACUUGCGCUCGAAAAGGCCAUCCAACUUACAGUUUAUUUACCAUGCCACGAAGGAGAAUUAUUUAUAACGAUGCAGAGUACACCUAUACCUUCUUUCCUUGCGGGCCGGACAAUUUGAUCUCUCCAAGGAAACCGGAUGAGGAAAGUUGCAAGAACGUUGCACUGUGUAAAUACGACACAAUGGGAACACCACAUGUAUACAGAGAUAUUGGUGAACAGAAAGACGUUAAGUGCGAAGCCACUGAUGAUUACCCGUUUGCACUGAAAUAUGCUGUAACAUCAGGGCCUUUUAAAGGAGGUGGUUCCACGGUCAGAAUCGAGUGCAGUAGUGAUCCUUCCGCUAAACUUGUACCAAUUAACACCAGUGAAAUAAAUAUGAUAUUUAUCCUCAAAACUCCCUGUGGAUGUCCUAAUCGGUGUUUAGCUCCUCCCUCAACAAAACCAGGACCCACAGCCGCGCCCCUAGAUUGGGAAGUGGACAUCCUAUUACCAAUUGCAGCAGUAGCUCUUUUAGCCAUGUGCCUUUUUCUAUUUUUAUGGUGGCGUGGGUUCAUCAUUUUGCCAUGCCGUAUCUGUCGCCAUGACCACGAUAACCUGGGGGGUGGAGUUAGGGAAAUAGGCGCAUCAGAGAAUACUGCACUUAUAAACGAUCGAGAACAAAAUGAUCACGCUAUUGAACACGAAGACUCUGGGGCGAAGGAAAAUCUAACAGAGCCAGUCCAAGUCGAAGAGGGAGAUGUGAAAGAUGAGUGUAAAUUUGUCACACGCGGCAUCGGAACAGUUGUUGUUUAAUUUACUCUGUGUCCUAUUGUGUUCUAACGUGCCUAAAGACUCCAAUGAAUUACAGUGUUGAAUAUCUCUGUCUUCUACGGCAUACAAGAAGCAAUGAUACCAAAAUAUAUGAAUAGCGAACAACUUCGUUUAAUAAUUACCAUUUAAAUCAAUGCUAACAGAGAAUUCUGUAGGUAAUUCCUUAAUUUGCUCUUGAGCUUAAGAAGUGAAAGACAAGGUGACACAGAAAAAUAGAAUUAUCAGGCCAAUUAAUCCAUAACACAUUUUAUAAGCUGUUCUGUUGAUAUCACAGACCACAUAAUUACAAAUACUUUAAUUUAACUUUCAGUUUAGAGAAAAACUUUGGAAAGUAGCGCCUCUGUAACAAAGGAAACUCUUUGCUCUCACAGUGCACAAACAUUAAUGCGUAUUCGCAGACAACGUCUCAAAAAAAAGAGAAACUCAAUAAAUACAUAUUGUAUUUAGUAACGUUGAUGACUUUACGUUGGGUCGUUAUGUUCGGUUCGUAGCAGUUAUGCCGUGACAAACAGCCGACACACAAAAGUGAUUCGAACUGCACGUUCACAACACAUUGAAAUCGAGAUUACAAAAAUCUGAGCGAGAGUUAGAAUAAUGUUAUAUUUAUUUCAUGAUACACCUCUUUUAGCUAUAAGUCCAGCAUAAAAAUUUUCGCAUCCAGCUGUAUCCUUCAACUAAUAACCAAUGUUUAUCAUGCCUUAUACGUUUG